AUGGACUUUGCAUCUAAGAUUUUUAUCGUUCUGAGUCCACAGUUAGAAGAGGCCAAGCUAUGCGAUGGGAUUACAGAGUUGCAGUUGCAAAAUUAUCUUGUUCCUUUAUUACCCCUCUCGUAUCUUGUUGAUGAUGAUUUUAUUGCCGGAUUCUGCCACAGAGGUGUUGUUGAUAUUAUCCCGCUGGCACACCACAACGACCUCGAAGUUUUCGUACGAAAAAAUAUGCUAACUAUCAACAUGUCUGCUUCUGUCUAUUCUGCCUUUGGACUCGCAGGCGUUAAAUUUAUGUGCAACAACAGGAAAAUGUAUCAUUUCAACAUUCACCUCGGCUGGCCAACUUUCAAACGGAACGACAAUGCACACAUGAGAUUGCGUAAUUUCUUCAAUAGCGAAGAGGUUACCUCUCGUCGCCCUCCCGGUCCCUGUGUGGUGCGUUGGGCGGUGAAUAAAAACAUCGACUGGACGCGGGCUGAGAAUGGGGGACUGUCGGAGGCGCCUCAUCCAUACUCCCUGGCUCGCUUCCUCGCCUCCGAUUUUCGCAUUGCGAUUCCAACAGUGGAGGUGUGCAACCUGGAAGCUGGUGCCGAGGUGCCUCGAUUUAUCGAAGCAAACUCCGCGGUGGACCAUCCCUCAGGUUCCUCGGUCGACCACGAAUCUGCCCGCAUCGCGCACUCGACACUUCAGCAGAUGGCCGCUGGCGUCUACCCUGCCAAUGAUAGCUACUUAUCACCGCUGUCUUCGCGUCGUGCCUCUUCGUCUUCGCAACGACAGGCAAUUUGUCUGAGAGGUGCAACGAUCCUGACAAUAUCCGGGAUUUUUACGCUAGAACAAUGUCAAAAACUGGAAGAUCUGCUCACUGCCAACACGCAGAAGGAGGGUUGUCCCUUGUUCUCCUUUGACGAAUUGUGUCGGCUGAUUCUCGGUCCGACUUUGGCUGACAAGGGCUGGGAGGGUCAGAAGUGGAAGUUCUGCUUGACCCAGUUUGCGGGUGAGGAGACUGACCUUUCACGCGUUGCUCUGGGAUGCAAGAUCGGCCCGGAUCACGUCUUCGUAACGCCAAUACCAGGACUCGAUCCUUACGCCAUUCUCCUGAUCAUAGGAGAACUCCGAGAGGCCCUGGCGUGGAAAGCAAUGGUUGUAAAUUUAAAAAGCAUCUCCUUUUUUCUCUGUGCUCUUUUCAGCGAGGUGGUACGAACAAGCCCCUCGGAAAAUUCGGUGGCCUUUUUCGCCAGCCGUCAAAUUGAAUCGGAUUGGUUUCCAUCGAUCACGGAGAAGAAGAAAGACGGUCACUCGCCUGUGUUCUUCCAGAAACUUCUGGCACCUGUCUUCGCGGCCAGUCAGCCUUACGUGCUGACGCUUAAUUUCGUCCCCGAGUUGACCUGCGAAAUUAAAGAGUAG